CCAACUUCCAAGCAAACCUGAAGCCCAACCAGAGAUUCCCACAUUGAACCGGAACCACAAUGGUUCACAAAGCCACCUACUGACUGAUGAGACAGAGUAUCAAAGGUUGCUCCGCCCCCGGCAGCCCUUUCUUCGACAACCUCUGAAGUAGCUACGAACCGCAGAGCAUCAGAAAAUGGAGGUUUCGAUGUUGGGUUCAUCACGGAGUUUCCGGCUAUCUCCGAAGACACAAACACCAAAACCCGCAAGCUCUUUGACAGAAAGAGGCCAAAGUUGUCUGAAAAUGAGGGGUGGUAAUCCAAUUAGGACAUACUCAGCUAGAUCCCUCAAAUGCAGCUCUGUCUCUGAGGAUUUGUUUGAGAGAAGUAGCCCACUUGAGGUUAAGAAAGAGCUAGAGACUUGCUUCGACCUCAUACAUAGGCUUGGGAGAGGGAUCCUCUACUUAGGUUCCGCUAGAAUCCAACCAAACCAUUCACAUUACCUGCAAUCACAAGAGUUGAGCAGAGAAGCAGCGAAUCUGUUGGACUGUACUACAUGGUCUGGAGCUGGACCAGGACUCAUGGAUGCUGUCACUAAAGGUGCUUUAGAAGCUGAGAAACCUGUCGGUGGCAUCAAAAUAGAAAAAGAAGCUGGUGAAUGGACUGCAUCCAAGGUUCAUCCUUAUCUCCCUCCUCAAAACUAUCACACUUGCAGGUUUUUCUCGGCGAGGAAGCAUGGACUGGUGGAUGCAGUGGUUAGGAACAAUGUUUCAGACAAGACUGCAGUUAUUGCAUUGCCAGGAGGCAUUGGCACGCUCGACGAGAUGUUCGAGAUUUUGGCAUUGGUUCAGCUCAAAAGGAUUGGCUCCGUGUUGCCGGUUCCAUUCAUUGUGAUGAACUAUGAUUCUUUCUACUCAAAGCUGUUUGAGUUCAUUGAGAGUUGUGAAGACUUGGGAACUGUUUAUAAAGGAGAAGUCUCUGCGUUGUGGAAGGUAUGCAACAGCAACUCUGAAGCUUUGACAUACUUAGCUGAGUUCUAUGAAUUGCCGUAUGGUUGUACAAAACGUGAAUCUGGAAUUAGAGAAACUGCUCGUGGAUGAUCAUCCGUUUCUUACCUCGUUUUGGGGUUUCAACUGUAAGAGAUAAUAUUUGUGACCAUGAACAACACAACUGUAAGAGAGAUAAUACAGAAUUUAGCUUCGUGUGUGUAGUUUAUGUAGUACCACUAAGAUUUCUCAUUGUUGUCACUUCCAUCUUGUGUUUAUUCUCUUAGCACUACAUUGUAUUUUGAUGUGAACCUAUUCUCUACUCGGCCAUAACCGAGCCUUAAUAACUGAGAACCUAAAAAUAGCAUUUAAACA